UAUAUCAUGUGACUUUACAAAUUAAUUGUCAAUAAUUUGCAUGCAUUAGCAUAACAGUGUAAAUUGGCCAGCGUUAACAGGAGAAGAACAGUUGAACUUUGCACCCUCGAAGGAACGAUCUGAGGGUGCGGCAAUCAGACAGAAGAAUCUUAGGGUUAAUUUUCGCUACUUUAUAGUCUAGUUGUUUCUAUCAAUGUACCUCGACAUUUGAAUAAAACCACUAUCAAUCGAGUCACAUUCAAGUCGAGAAUACAUUCCAAUCUUUGCAUCAAAGAGUACGGGCCGUGCCAGUACAUAGUUUUAUUCAAAUGAUCAAGACGGAGACAUCGAAUUCACGAGAAGAUUAAUUGUGUUGGUAAAAUGAAAUCCCUGGCGAUGCAGGUAUGACCUUUCACGAAAUUGUUUUGGCAUGUUGAUCGAAUUUGAGCUGUCUGGCGCUGUUUGACGUUUGGUAAAUCGAACUAGCGAUCCUAAACCUUCAACGCUGAAGUUAUGGAUCCUGACGAUAUGAACUAUCGAAAAGAACAAAGGCAACGUGGCCUAGAUUUGUCCACUGCGGCACUCGAUGAAAUAAUUUGCUCAUCUAAAAGGUCAAGAGCUGGUUUUCUUGCAGCCGUUUCUCGCGUUCGCGGACAAAUAGAAGCACUUUUGGCUAAUACCGGGAAUGUACAGACAGUUCAAACCCUAAAUGAGCGUUACAAAGACGCAUGGUGUAAGUUUGAGGACUCACACAACUAUUAUAUGUCAUUGCUUCCCCCGGACAGCACGGCGUUUUACGAAGCGGUUGAACAAUUUAAUCUUUUGCUUGAAGAAAAGGCUGUACUGUUGCAACGUGUCACAUUAUAUCUACAUGAUUCUGCUAUAACCCUUUCGGGCAGUUACGAAAGACCAUCUAGCCUAUUACGUUUUGUUAAAGGCGAACAUGCUUACGCUGAAAGUAUAACUUCACGAAGGUCAAGUCUUGUCUCAAGAUCUUCGACACAAGUUAAAAGGGUUGAAGCAGCGAAAGCGAACUUGGCGUUACAGUUGGCAGAACAAGAACGGCGUCGAACGAUUGAAGGGCAACUCAGACUCCAUGAAAUUGAAAAGAAGCAAAGAAAACUCGCGAGACAACAGAAGUUAGAAGAAGAAGAACUUGAAAGCGCAAGAAAGCUUGAAGCGUUAAAACAAGAAGCCGAUCGAAAACUCGCCGAAGUACGUCAACAAGCCGCCUUUAUGAAUCUUGAAGCGCAACUAGAGGAACAGAUUGAUGGCAAUCAAGAAAUCGAUAUGGAUUUGGUCUCUGUAGUCGGGGGUGAGAUUUACGAACAACAAACCGGAGACAUACCGUUUACGUACCUUUACGAAGAUGAGAUUCCACCUCCAUAUAUAGAGAAUUUUCCAACGUACCAGCCCCUUCAAGAUGAAUUAAAGCACCCCGUAUUUGCUUAUCAAGAGUCCUCUACUCCUGCUGUUGAUGUUGGAAGCCAGAAUAUCUUCCCAAAGGAAAACUUACCAAGCUGGACAGUAGAGCGAACGAAUGUCGCGCAUUCAUGUAAAAUACCACGUCUCAAACGCGAAGAAGACCUGGCGCGCGCACAGAACUCUUUUAACGCUGUACCACAACAUAGUCAACAAGUUCAUCAGCCGCCAGUCUGUUCCGAAGGGUACCAAAGCAUAUUGGUACCGAAAGUUCCAUCGCCAACAUGGUUGUUAGCCAGCGACGUCAGUCACCAGGAGUUUCAGCCAAUUGCGGUAAGACCUCCAGAAAAUAGCUUAAGAACUAAGGCAUCUCUGUAUGAGCACGAAUCUCACGCUAUUCCGACGGAGUUUCAAACUUCUAGAGAGGCAGCUUCGACACUUUCUAACAAGAAGGCGGAUGUCUUAGAGUCGGUUGCGUCAGCUAUGGAAAGCAUCACGUUGGUGCAACAACGGUUGGCGUCGGGUCUUAAUCUACCUGCUAUACAACUAGAUAAGUUUUCUGGCUCGCCAAACGAAUUUCCGUUGUUCAAGCAAAGAUUUCAGAAACGAAUUAUGUCCAACAAUGGCUUCGAUGACGGGGAAAAGAUGCUGCGGUUAUUACAGUUCCUUGAUGGCGAGGCAAAGGAAGCCGUAAAGAGUUAUGAAGUAGUGAAAGGAGGCGUAUACGAAGCGAUGAAAGUGUUGGAAGCAAGAUACGGAAGAAAGUGUUUGGUUGUAAGUUCCAUCGUAGAAAGCCUGACAAAGGGGCCACUCAUAGCUAUCAGAGAUCGAAUCGCGCUACGAAAGUACUCGGACGACGUUUCGAAUGCAGAGGCAACCUUGAGAUCUUUAGACUGUCUGAAGGAAGUAAAUCAAGGAAACCUGGUUGAUAUGUCCCAUCGACUGCCGAGGCAUUUGCAAGAAAAGUUCGCAACGUUGGCGCACGAUCUAGAGUCAAAAGAACAACGAUUCCCUACACUAAGUGACUUAGCAAAUUUUCUCAACAAGUGGGCAAACGUCGCAAACCACCCCGUCAAUACAUCUAAAUGUAACGUUCCGCUGAAAGGAAGGACUGACCCGGCACUGAAACUUAGUACAUUCGCGACUGGGCUUAACAGCAGCAAAGAAAAUUCUUUCCGGAUGGCGUUUGUUUCACCCUGUCCCUGUUGCUCGCAGAACCACUCAAUUUAUCGUUGUGAGCUAUUUAAAACCAAAACCCAACCUGAAAGGCUCGAAGUUGUGAAGAAAAAAGGACUCUGUUUCAAUUGUCUAAAGAGCAACCCCAUAACACGAUCCGGAGUUAAAGUAAAGCACAACGUUCAAUCCUGUCCAAGUAAGUUCAAGUGUAAAGCCGACGGUUGCGGUUUACCACACCAUACGUUGCUUCACAAACCAAAGUCAUUUGAGAAGCGCAAGAGCGAAGAAAUUCCUUGUGUAGAGAAUAAUGCAGCGAGCUUGAAGACUCCUGACGCUGUUUUGUUACAAGUUAUCCCGGUUCGAGCAAUCGGAGCGUGCGGAGUAACGACUACAACGUAUGCAAUGCUCGAUUCAGGAUCGGAAAUCACCUUGGUGGAUCCAUCGUUAAUCGAAAAACUCGGUGUUGAACGACGUUCGGAUAAACUAGUGGUAUCAACGGUGAGCAACGAAAACGAUCUACAGCAUGGCAAUCGAGUAAACUUAUCAAUCGAAUCGCUCAUCGAUAAAGAUCCCCAACGCCUGGAAUUAACGAAUGCUUGGAGCAGUAAGGAAUUAAAAAUACCCCUUCGUCAUCACCAAGCUUUGAACGACAAAUCGCGAUGGCACCACCUUCAAGAUAUCCCUUUCCCUGAUGUUGAGAGAAAGAAAAUCUCGAUUAUUAUUGGCACUAACGUUCCUGAAGCGUUCAUACCUCUUGAUGUUCGUCACUGCGGACCUGAAGCGCCAGUAGCAAUACGCUCUUGUCUGGGCUAUUCAAUCUUGGGCCGAAUUGGUCACCCAACCAAUCUGCAACGAUCCAUCGCGACUGCGUCAGUGGUUCGUAAUGUGUGCGACGUAGCCGACGAUGCUUCCCUCAACCAGCAACUGGAAUCGUUUUGGAAACUAGAAUCCUUCGGGACAACUCGCAACGAUUUGAAGCCUACCUCGGUUCAGGACAGGAAAGCUCUCAAGGUAAUAGAAGAAACACUCGUCAAGGUUGAUGGUCAUUAUCAAAUGGACCUAUUGUGGAAGGAUAAAGAUGUUCUCCUCCCAAACAACCAGUCAGUGGCAGAAUUACGAUUACGACAUUUGAGGAGGCGUCUGGAACAAGAUUGUGAGCUCAAGCAACGAUACGUCGCUGCGAUAAACGAUUACAUCAAGAAGGGUUACGCCAAACGACUUACGAAGAAAGAAGAAAUCACGCGAACCAACAAAACGUGGUAUCUGCCUCAUCACCCCGUCGUAAAUCCUCACAAACCCGGCAAAGUACGUGCUGUGUUUGAUGCUGCGUCGAAAUAUGGAGCUACAUCACUCAACGACCAGCUUCUUGUCGGUCCCGACCUCACAAACAACUUGGUGGGUAUCCUGAUUCGUUUCAGACAAGAUCCAGUUGCUCUCAUCGCCGAUAUAGAAGCGAUGUUCCAUCAAGUUAAAGUGCGUCCAGAAGACUGUGAUGCCUUACGAUUUUUGUGGUGGGAUGGUGACAUCCAAGGGCCGCCGGUAUCGUUUAAAAUGCUCGUUCACAUAUUUGGAGCCAAGUCAUCGCCGUGUUGCGCGAACAAAGCCUUACUACAGACAGCUGACGAUAACGAAACAAAAUACGGUAAGGAUGUCGCGGACAUUGUACGACAUAAUUUCUAUGUAGACGAUCUACUGAAAUCUACUGGAACGGUUGAAGACGCUACUAGGUUGGCUCGGAACUUAAUCGAUCUCCUCGCGGAAGGUGGUUUCCGAUUGACAAAGUUCAUGAGUAAUCGGAAGGAAGUUUUGAAAUCGAUUCCCUCGAAAGAGAGAGCUACGCCCGCUCUUGAUUUGGACUUGAACAAGUUGCCAAUAAGCCGUACCUUGGGUCUGUGCUGGGACGCGGAUUCUGACGAGUUCUACUUUUCAUCCAUCAAAACGGAUAAACCUUCAACUAAACGUGGAAUCCUUUCUGUCGUCAGCUCCCUUUUCGAUCCACUUGGGUUUUUGCUCCAUUUGUCUUGCCCGCCAAAGUACUUCUUCAGGAGCUCUGGCGUCAAGGAGUGGGUUGGGAUGAUGAAAUACAGCCGACAGAACUCAAAGUUUGGCAAAAUUGCCUUCGAUCGCUUCCGCAGUUAUCUAACAUCAGAAUUCCCAGAUGUUAUCUUGUGGCUAGGGUCACAGUCCACAGUAUCGAGCUUCAUGUGUUUUGUGAUGCCAGCGAAGUGGCUUAUUCAGCCUCUGCCUACCUCAGAAUAA